GUCUGUCUGACAGAGCUGCUCACACUGAGUCAGAUUCAUGAGAAGCUCCGCAGAGAUCCGGAGGUGAAGCUCCGACAUGAAGCUGCUAGACGAGCGGAUCUGGGCGCUGUUUAAGUGCCACUGGAAAUACACGCUCACCUACUGGAGUGUUUUCUUCAGCUUCGGGCUGUGCAUCGCCUUCCUGGGCCCCACGGUGCUGGACCUCCGCUGUCAGACCCACUCCAGCCUGCAGCAGAUCACCUGGGUCUUCUUCUCCCAGCAGUUCUUCCUGCUGGUGGGCAGCAGCCUGGGGGGGCUCUUCAAGAAAACGAUGGAAAACAAAACGACAUUGUUACUGAUCAUCCGACCAGCUAUUCUGCGGUUUAAAUUGCAGCUCGGGGUGAUCCUGGUUCAGUGCCUGUUGAUGAUCUUCUACACCAGCUGUGUGUUCCUCUUCAUCGGCACCUGUGUGUUGGGACUGUGCAUCAGCAGCGUGUUCCCCUCCAUGCUGGCCUUUACAGAGGACAUACUCGACUACAAAGGUUGUGCCACCACGGUCCUGGUGACCAGUGCCAGCACCGGAGAGAUGCUGCUGCAGCUAUUCAUAGGAUCGGUGAUAGACAGUCAGGGCAGUUACUCCUUCCUGUUGUGCUGCACAGUGACGUCGUUCAUCAGCUUCUGUCUCUUCCUGCUAUUCCUCUCUGUCCAGCAUCACCAUAGAAACGGCCAAACAGAUCCGUCUAAAGGCACGGACCUUAAAGAUAAGCCAGAACCCGGAGGUUCCUGAUCUGAACGUCCCUGAGAGACUGAGGGGGAUACACAGGACCAAUGAAAGUGCUCCGAUGAAAAGACAGCAGGAUAAGAAGAAGCCUCUGACACAUGGACUCAGAACAGGAGCUUUACUCUGGCCUCCUCCAAAUGAACACGUUUGACGUACAGAACCCUGAUGAUCAACGAGCAGCUCGAUGGAUGAGAAUUACUUGACUUUAUUUAAUGUUUGGCACAAUUAUCUCUUACAGCACUUUGUAACUUUGUCCUAGCCAUGACACCUUAAAGAGCUUACGAAAU